GCGAGUGAAACUACAUAAAUAUAUAUCCAGUAUGGUGAAAUUUAAAUAGUUUUUAUUUAUAAUUGGUUGAUCAUAGAUGGCUGCUUCGUCAGAGGCAGACAAAAUGUCAAAUUCUGUGUCAUCUGAUGAAAGACAAAAAAAUAGUAGUCCUGCAGAUGAUUUUACAGCGAACUCAAACGUAAAUGACAAGUUUCAUGAUGAAGGUAAAUUGGAUAAGUCUUCAAAGGACGAAGAUUCCUCAGGAAGUGAGUACGAGUCAGCGGAAGAAGAUCAAAACAUUAUUGAUGAUGAAGAAGAGGAGCUGGAAGAAAUACUGACAGAGGAAGUCAAAAAGGAAAGAAGAAGUGAAGCACAAGAACAGAAGGAGAAAGGAAAUGAUUUUUUCAAGAAGCAGGAGUAUGAAAAUGCUGUAAAUGCUUAUACUCGAGCCCUUAGGUUGUGUCCAAAGGAUUUUAUCAAAGACAGGGCUAUUUUAUACUCCAACAGAGCAGCAUGUAAAAUGAAGGAGAGCCAGAAUGAAGAAGCUAUUAUGGACAGUAACAAAGCUCUGGAGCUCCACCCUCAGUACCUGAAAGCCUUGCUACGACGUGCAGAGCUGUAUGAAAAAGUUGACAAGUUGGAGGAGGCAUUGACAGACUAUCAGAAGGUGGUGGAGAUGGACCCCACACAGCACUCUGCCAGGGCUGCUUGUCUUAGAUUACCAGACCAGAUCAAAGAAAAAAAUGAAAAGAUGAAAGAGGAGAUGAUCGGGAAGUUAAAGGAACUGGGUAAUAUGGUGCUGAAGCCAUUUGGACUGUCAACAGAGAACUUCCAGCUGAAUCAGGACCCUAACUCUGGGGGAUACAACAUCAGCUUCAAACAAGGCCCCCCUUCUUCCUGACAGCUGCUGGUAAACAGAAAUCCCAAGGCCAUAUUAGACAUUUCUCUGCUGGCUGAUAGAGUUUUUUUUGUAUGUUAGUUUUAUUGUGUGUGUACUAAAUAUUGUCUUUACUUUGUGUAUGGGUACUCUUGAUUAUUGUACAUCAUCAUCUCUUCUAAAGUGGUGAGCUCAUUGGUUUUAUAUUCAUGUAUGUGUGAUUGUUUAAGAAAUGAGAGGGGUGUAUAUAUGUAAGGAAAAAUAAAUGAUUUUUUUAUUUUAA